CGCGUGGGUCCCGGCCCUGCCCACCCCAGCCCAGGCUGACAGAGCCGGCGCUUGCGGCUGCGGGCGGUGCGCGGUGGCGGGCCUGCCCCGCGGUCCCGAGCGUGCAGGGAGGGCGGACUUCAGGACGGACUUGCCGCCCCCUACACCGGGCCUGAGGGUCCCCCCCACCGCCUCGGCCUUCCGCUGGUCACUGCCACCCCACCGCUCUGAGUGAGCUCGGCACCCGGAGAGGAUUAACACCCAGGGAGGCAGGGGCUCCCUUUGUUCAAGGAGGCAGCUGUGCAGGUGGCCGCCACGGGGGAGCAGGAGCCCCAGGCUGGGCCCUCCUGGUGUCAAAAGCGAGCUGGCAGGUCAACCAACCACAGGCACUCUCUCAGCCAGCUCCCCCAGUGUCAGCAUGAAUGCCAAGAUCCCAUCUGCUAAGGGCUGAAAAAAGGGCUGUUUCAGCACCCCCCCUCCCCCCUCCGCCCCUGACCUGGAGCCUGCCACAGAUGGGCCAGGCUCGGAGACCACCACUCUCAGCCCGGAGGCCACCAGCUUUAACGACACCAGGCUCCCCGACGUGGCCGAUGGAGCCGCCGGCGUGGGCACCAUGCUUCUGUCCUUCGGAAUCAUCACAGUGAUUGGCCUGGCUGUGGCCACGGUGUUAUACAUCAGGAAGAAGAAGAGGCUGGAGAAGCUUCGCCACCAGCUCAUGCCCAUGUACAACUUCGACCCCACGGAGGAACAAGAUGAGCUGGAGCAGGAGCUGCUGGAACAUGGGCGGGACGCCGCCUCCAUGCAGGCCGCCGCCUCUGCGCAGGCCAUUCAGGGCAAGACUACUCUCCCCUCCCAGGGCCCGCUGCAGAGGCCCAGCCGGCUGGUGUUUACCGACGUAGCCAACGCCAUCCAGGCGUGAGCAGCCCAGGGACCGGCCGGGACCUCUGACAGAGACGCCGCCUGGUGCCUGCAGACUGCCCACUUUCUGUCAAGACCGCUUCUCAGGACCUGCCUGGCCAAGACAGGGAAGGGCCGACCAGGCCCCAGCUGUUCUGCGCAGCCACCUGCUGGCUCUCCGGACUGUAAGAGAGGGCCCUGGCCAGGGUGGGCAUCUGGCCACUGACCUCUCCUGACCUGGCACAGAGGGCAUCCCUCAUGCUGGGAAGCCCAAACACCACUGCUGGCUCCGUGUAUCCCAUCCAGACCCCUCACACUGGGAUCUGCUUCUCUAAUGCAGAGAAAAAGUGGAGAUGUGGGGGGAAAGGGGGGGAAAUGGGGGCUCCUCUCCUUUUUUUUUUAAUCUGGAGCCUCCUCCAGGGUGAGAGGCAACCACCCAGGUCACGAAGACAGAGUAAAACAGCAUCUGUUAUGGGUCCCAAGGGGCCCAGGGCUAGAGCCGAACCUCGCAGGAGACAAGGGUGCAGGAGUGGGGCUGCUCAGACCCCGGUCCAGGGUGUGGCAGAGGGUCCAGAGAUCUCCAGGCCACCGUCUCUGACAGCCACGUUUGGUGGGCUCAAGCUAGGAUGGGAGCUAAAGGGGAAGGAAGUGGGGGAAUGGGUGUAGGAGGAGGCAGCCCCCGACCUGCUGACAGGUCUCCUGCACGUGCGUGAGUGACCACGUGCAGACACCUAUCUGCCGCUGUGUGGGGGCCAGGAGACCUGUGUUGGCCCUGUCCUCCAGGCCAACGCCCACCCAUGGUAGGCAGGGCAGCAUCAGGGCUUCUGGGCCUGAAGGGAAGAGGGACGUAGGGCAGGUCCGGUUCUUGGCUGGUCUGGGAAAGCUGGGUUAACCUGCUUGUGAAAACGGCUCCUGUCUUGGGCCGUACUGGGGGUUGGGGGCUGGGGAGAGGCCGAUGGGCUGAGGGCAGUGGUCGCAUGCUACAAUCCUGCCGGCCUGGGACUGGGUGCGGAAUUGCCUCUUGGAAAAAUGAUCAAAGAAACCCAGUCUCCUUUUGAACUCCCCCUUCUCUGUCCUACCCACGGCGGGUCCUCUUCACGUUUUAAGAGGUGGUACUGCACCUCUUAACGUCUUCGCACUUGGCCUGCCGUGAGUCCUGAGUGGCCAGGCUGAUGCCAGGGGCGCCUGGGCAGGGCAUUGGACAGGCUGACCCAGUGCCGGCUAUUUUCACCACACUGAGCACACACCCAUACAUGAGUAUGCACAGAGACGUGUCCCCGAGCCAGGCCUCGCCACUGUCACUGUCCUCCGCUGGCUGGAGGGGGCAUGGAAGGUACGGAAGAUCUUCCAUUGGGCAAGUAUCAUGUGUCAGGAGGCGAGGGCCCAGGAGGCCCCCAGGGAAGGUUCUGGAUUCAUUCCUUCUAGAUGCUAUAAAUAUGUUAGCACUUGAGCCGACUGGAGGGCUGUGGGUAAUUUAGGAAGCACAAAGCUGUCAUUUAACUCACAGCGUCUCCAUGUGAGAGCAUUAAAGAUGUAAUUAAGAUGUUUACACGAAGACAGUGUGAGCCAGUGACACUCGGAGUGUGGAGCCCCAGGAGGGGGGCGGGAUGGGUGAGGGGCUGCGGGGGCCUGAAUCCCGGCUAGAAUCCCGGCUAUGAGUCGCAGCCUGGCUGGAGUUCCCUCAUGUACCUGAGGAAGUGCCCCUGGUCCCGAGUUCAAGGCUGCUCUGGAGUGGAAUGGGGCGAUGCCUGGCCCUCUCUGGGGUGGGGAGGUCAAAUGGACCUCCUUACUGUGCCCUCGCAGCGGCCCCCUCAUCCUCCCGCCCAGCGCCUCUGUUCUCCAGACCCUUCUCCCAGUCGUGGAGCAAAACCAAAGUCCCCAGUCUCCCGGGCGUGGGCGGAGGUUCAGGUGACACGUCCUGUGGUCUUGGACCUGGUGGGCUGACCAGGGCUCUCCUCACCGCUGCAGCCAGGCCCCAGGUUGACUGGUAAGUGGGGCCCUGCGGGAAAGCCCCCACCCCGACCUGGCACACACCCUUCAGUCGCCGAAACCCCCCAUGUGAA